AUGAAAGCUAAUAACCGGAAACGCACGCAUGAUAACGGCACGACCUCGCCUCCUGUUUCGCAGAGGCCCCUCAGGAGACAAAAGAGUAAAAUACCCGCAAUGCCGGAGAAGUUCGAUACGAGAGUACUGCCUAAGAUAGUGUGGGUGGUGUAUGAAACCGAAGGGCUUUGGUGGCCUGGGGAGAUAAUAAACGAGAGCAAGUCCGAAAUUCCUCUCAAAGUAAAACGCUUCGGUCGGAUAAAACCAAACACAAUAGAGAUUUCCGAUCCAUCUUCAGAGUACAUUGUCCCCUUCUGUCAUUCGUUAUCGUCCACAUUUCGCGAAGAUGGAUUAAAGUCUAGUCGAAAAAAUGAAUUUUUAAGGGCCUUUGAACUGGCUCAAGAGAAAUAUGUCGAGGAUAAUGAUGGAUUACCCACCGCAUAUUGGGCAAUACAAACUGUGGUCUCUGCGAAAUCGCAAAGGAAAAAGAUAGAUAAGCCCAUAGCAGUUGGACAGUCAAAUGAUAACUAUUCAAAUUUGGAUCAUGACAAGAUGCAAGACGAUUAUUCUACCGAGCUAUCAGAGUUGGAUGCGAGUUUGAAGAUACCAGGUGAAUCGGUCUUGGCGCAUUAUCGAAAGAAUAAGCUAUAUUAUCCAGCAAGAAUAGACGAGUUUAAGAAGCCGAAUAAAUACCGAAUAACUUUCCUCGAUGGAGCACGCAAUACCUGUAGACGUGAUGAAUUCUACACAAUAUAUGAGAAGAAAUUCCAAACUUGUCCG